AUGGCUAAAAUGCGAAGCAAACGAGUUCCCAAGGCGCCUACCCAACCUCGGGCCAAGAGAGUGAAAGCAGCAUCGACCUUUUCCCCGUUGCCUGGCCCAGAAACAUACCCUACUAAAAAGAAAAUCGCUUUCGUCAUGGGUAACGGAGAUUGUGCACAGUUGGGAUUGGGAGAAGACUGUUUAAAACGCAAGAAGCCAAUGCCGAUAAGAAGUUUAGAGGACAAGAACAUCGUAUAUAUUGCCACCGCUUGCCUUCAUAAUGUAGCUAUAACAGAAGAUGGCAAGGUUUAUUCGUGGGGAUGUAAUGAUCACGGCGCUCUUGGAAGGACAACGAACGAGUCUGAUGAAUAUGUGCCUGGUUUGGUAGAAGGAUUGGAUGGCGUCAAAAUUAUAAAAGCUGUGUGUGGCGGAAAUAUAACUUUAGUUUUGUCUGAAGAAGGACGAGUUUACGCUGCUGGAACUUUCAAAACGGAGGAAGGUUCUUUUCUUGGCUUCAGUCCGGAACUGGCACGCCAACAACAAAAGAAAUUUGUGCCUCUCAAGUAUCUCGAGCGUACCCGUAUUGUUGAUAUUGGUGCUGGCUCAAAUCAUGCUCUUGCCCUCUCUCAGGACGGCCUUGUUUACUCGUGGGGUUUGGGUGAUCAUUCUCAGCUUGGUCGACGCAUUUCAACCAGACGUCCUGAUUCUUGGAUAUACGCAGAUAAAGUUGCAGGAUUAUCUGGUAUUAAGAAAAUUGCGUGUGCUGCCUAUCAUAACUUUGCUAUCGACGGCGAUAAAAAUGUUUAUACCUGGGGAUUGAAUAAUAUGUUUCAGUGUGGAUUAAAUGUAGAAGGAGAUAUACAGUAUCCGACAAUUAUAGAGUUUUUUGAGGACAAGAAUGUAGAGCAAAUAGCGGCUGGAGAACACCAUUCAGUCUUCUUGUUAGAAAAUGGGGACGUCUACACGGUUGGGCGGGGCGACGCUGGACAGCUUGGCAUUGGAAGUCUGCCAGUAAAUAGCGACAUUGAGCCGGAAACGAAGGAGGUUGAGGCAAAAGUACAAGAUCAUAAGGAUGGAGAGAAAGCCAAUGGCACUUCAAAGUCCACUAAAACGGCCGUAUCCAUACCGAGACGAGUAAGUGGCCUUCCACCAUGCAAGUCCAUUGCUAGUGGUGAUUUCCAUACAUUAGCCCUGAGUCGGGACGGGAAAGUAUACACAUGGGGAAGCGGGAUCACAUACGCACUUGGGAACGGCCGUUCGAUAAGCGAAGACGAUGAUACUGGUGCCGAUGAACUUGUCCCUUACGAACUUACCGGACAAAAAAUCAUCGGUGUUGAAAUAGUGUCAAUUGGCGGGGGCUCACAGCACUCGCUCUUACUCGGUAUCCAAGACCGGACGGAGACGAACUCCUAA